UGGCGGUGGCGCUCCUUCAUGUUUGUUUUUUCUUAUUGAUCCGCCAAGAAGAAGAAGAAGGAGGGAAAACCCGCCAAACUCUAAAGCUGUCAUAACUGUUCCUGCUUGUCUUCUUUUUAGUGAUGUAAACUCUCUAAAUACUUCAACUGUGGUGAGUUAUUAUCAACUUAAACUAUCGUCUGUAUUGCACUUUUUAAAUUUACAUGACGGUUCACAGUUAUUAGCAGUUUGUUCAGUCGGUGUCUUAACUGCCGGUUGAAUUUGUUGCUUUAAAGCGUUAAAAUAAAGUUGACGCUCAGCCGAAUAACUUCUGAAUGUGUCAUUUUACUUAGAUCUGUAACAAUGGCGACGUGGGGCGACGUUGAGCUUCUGACCAACGAGGACACAAACACAGUCCGUCUCGGCUCUGUGUCGAGGGAUGAGAGUGGGAGCGGCUUGUAUCAGGUGGACACGCUGGUCAAGAUCUCCACGGCCAGUGAGGUAAUGACUGUCCUCAGUAACAUCAGCUCAAACUGAAACUUCUCCCUCUUUUCAGUCAUUAGUUUGGGAUUCUAAUGACAGUACUGCUACCUGACUGGAGAUGGGAACUGCAGAGAGUCUCCUAGGUUCCUGUGGACCUGCCUGACUCCAGCUGUAUUGUUAUGAUUGUCCUCCUCAGACCCUGAGCUCCUUCUUCUCUUGGCAUCCUCUGGACUGUUGCUGCAGACAUGAACAUCAGCCUCACUGACAUUAAUAACGUAAAACUAGAGUUAACUUCUAUUAGGCCUGCUGACUGUAAUCACAUUAAAUUAAUUUGACAUAAUCCAUAACUACUUAUAUCCUGAUCCUGUAAACUGAAUUCAUAUUGUUUCAUCUUUACUUGCUCUUUAACCACAACUUUGUAUGAGCCAUUGUUUUAAAAUUGCUGCUGUCCCCUUUCUCUCUCGCUCAGCCUCGUUCUCUACUCUCUCUCCCUCCCUCUCUCCACUCCUCUCUCUCCCACUAUCCCUCUGUAUUCCUCCCCAACCCAGCAGCAGCUUGGUGGCUGUCUAGCAUGAGUCUGGUCCUGCUCAAGGUUUCUGCCUGUUAAAAGGAAGUUUUUCCUCGCCGCUGUCACUCAUGUUAGAUGAGAUGGGCCGAAUCCCAUUUUAUGGUUGGGUCUUGAUAAUUCAUGAAACAAUGAGCGUGGUCUAGACCUGCUCUUUUUCUAGACUCUGCGUCUUGGGAUGACAACUUUUGUGAAUUGGCGCUAUAUAAAUAAAAUUUGAUUUGAUUUGAACUCUGUUUCUUUCAGGUGCAGACAGAUCCCAGUCUGUUUUCCUCAAGUGGUUCAAACUGGAGUAUUGUUGUCGCUGACAGGACAGUUGUCCUGUUUGAUCAAAGUUAUCAGAGCAUCCUGCUGCUUCUUAACUUUGGUAUGUAUUCCUGUCAGUUGCUCAGUAUGUUACAAUGAUUGAUGACAUUAUCUCUGUUGGCCCAGUCCAAGCAAAUGGGUCUCUCAUGAGGUUGGGUCUCUUGCCAUAUCUUUCAGAAUCGGAUGUGGAUGCUAUUGACGUAUGCAUGGAUGGGCAGUUUUUGAUCGUCUGUGAAAGAAAUGGAAAUCUUAAUUUGAUCUAUGUCCCGCACAAGAGUAUCCUUCUAACCAGGGUAUGAGCGAAUAUCAAUAUUUUUAAGGCAUCUGUUUUGUAAAAAGUUAUGAUUCACUGUUACACUCUACCUGUCUGAUUUCAUCUAUAACAUAUUAAUGAUGCCAUCAACUGUUUUAUAAUCCUUCUUGAUGUGUUUAACUUGUGAAUAUUUACAUGUGGCUCAUUUCUCCAGGCCCUGGUGAAGAAACCACCCAGUGGUGAUGAGAAAACAUACAGAUAUCUCCUCACAGAGAAAGACAAGGGAUCAGAAGGUAAACAGUUUCUGAUUAUUAGAGAAUAACAUUAAAAAAGUGCUAAGAAAAAGUAAUCAAAAGAUUCAACCUGAUGUGUUUGAGCCUGUGCCUUUAAAGUGUUGGUGUGGUGUAUUGAUGACAAAUGUUUAUCUUUUUAUCUACAGAGACAUACAAUAUGUUUCUACUCAUGAGGGAUGGAUUUUUUCACAUUUCUAAUCUUGCUUUGGCAAAGAUCCAGACAGGUACUAAAGAGACUUCUGGGUUUUGAUUAAGUUAUUUUGUUGACCAGGUCCAACUCUGAUCUUUUUUUUUGUUGUUGUUGUCACAGCUGUCGAAAAAAAGGAUGUGGGAUCUUUGCAGGAGGUUCGUUGAAACCUUGUUCGUACAAUACAAAAGCAAAAUGCGUGUACAUGUUUGAUAAAGUGAAUUUUAACCCCUCCUCUCCAAACUCACAGCUUCAGUCUCAAAUCAAGAUAGACUUCUGCUCCACCGGGGAUUACCACGACGAGGGCUGCAGUACAGCUGUGAUGUUCAGCUUGGACCAUGAAAUCCACUUAAUGAUUGGGGUGAGAAAAGUUGUUGAUAACUUUACUAUCUGCUGUCUUUGUACCACGCACAGUUACAGUUACAUGCAAGUUCUCAAAAAUCAAAUUGUCUGACGGAAAAUUAAAGGGAAUCUAUUAAAACAUUAUUCUACUAUUAAGGGUAAGAUUGAAACCUAACUUGAUGCUUUUUAUUCAUUUUAGAUAGAACGUUUUGUAAUAAGACAAUCUAAAUGUAUUGGUUGGAAUUUUCACAUUAUUCUCUUCUCAGGGGGGAGAAGAGAAUGUUCUGACUCACUGGAUGAUGGACUCUCAUCACACCAAGAUGCACCUUGCUCACUCUGUCGACGAUAGCCUGAUUCCAGGUGUGCACUGUAUUGAUGCUGACUUAUUUUUUAUCAUCUCUGUAUUUAACGCUGAAAUUACAAGUGAUGAAUAUAGGAGUCUGUGUUUUGAUUUGUGUGUUUGCUGCAAAGGUGUGCGGAAGAUGGUAGUGGAGGAAAAUCUCUUGUACAUUCUUGACAGUGAGGUGAGUGAGUUCUGUACUAUUUCCUAAUUUUUUUUCAUAUAUAACAGAAUUUGGUUUAGUAUGUAAAAGUACACGAGCAGUGCCUGAGUUUCUCUUUUAAUGUUGAUUAUUUCUCAGGACACCCUGAGUGUUUGGGACCUUCAUUUUCUUGUCAUGAUUCACUGCUGGCCAGACCUUUCCAUCCAUAACUUUGAACUCACCGCAGAGUGCGGCUCGUACGUAUCAGAGUUUUGUCUCACAUCGUAGCUGUGAUUAUAAGAGUUUAAUUUGUCUAAAUAAGGAUGAAUAUUUACACUUAAUUUCUGUGUCACAGGCAAGACAAAGGCAGCAUGAAGAUGAUUACGCUGACAAAGCAAGACAACAGUCAGGUAGAAGAACAACUCUCUCAUGGAACUGAAGGUGAUGUACGGUAAUCUGAAUUCCUCAUCUGAACUUAACUUAAGCUUCGUAAUUUUUCAGAUCAACUCACUGCAAAUACGGUUCCUGCCCUCCAUGACUAUUUGCUACUCCCUGGAUGUGUCUUCAAUCUCCUGUCUGGUCCAUACAAAAAUUAACAUGGUAAAUGAUUAACAUCAGUUACAGUGUGAGCACUAAAUCGACAUGUUUUUGCACAUUUAAGUAAACUAUUUCCUUCUGAUUUCAGGAUGCCAUUUAUUUAGUUGAAGGAAUCUGUGAGAACCCAGAAAAGUAAGACUUGUUUUAUUUUUGGUUUUCUUGUUUAAAAGCUCUUGAGAGUAUGAUGGCGUUUAUAAAUGAAUAAUGUUGUUUUUGCAUUCUGACAGUCACGGACAGCCAGUUUCCUCUGUGGUUAUCAGAUGCUUCACAGAGGCUUUGCCGGAGAACAGGUAACAGUUUUAUUCUUACCAGUGUUCGUGCUUUUUUCAUUACGAAUGACCGUUUGUGAAGUUAUGUUUUCAUUCACUUCACUUCUUUUCGGUUCCUAGACUGAGCAGGCUUCUUCACAAACACAUGUUUGAAGAGGCUGAGAAGUUUGCCAUUGCGUUUGAGCUGGAUUUAGAGGUAAAUAUCCGCUUUAUUGUCAGUCUCACUAGACAAGGGUUAAAAAAUAUUCUGUGAUGUCUGAUUUUGGGAAGGCAGAUAUUGCAUAAGUGUGUUGCAGGUGGUAUAAACAACUGAAACUCAUUAUUCUUUUUGUUCAGCUUGUUUACAAGGUGAAGCUUGACUUUGUGCUGGAGCAGCUGGCCUCUGCGUCAGUGGGUGGAUAUGGACAGGAUGUGUGGUCUGAACUUGUCAAUGAGGCCAAGACCAACUUGAUGAAGAUUACGGUCAGUUAAACAAAGUUUAUAAAAGUAUUUUUGACUAUAAACCCAGAAUAAUUGGGCUUAAACAAUUGUGUUUCCUAGGAUGAACAUUAUGUGGUGGACUACUGCCUCAAAGCGCCAUGGCCUACGUUUGAUACAGCAGAGAAAAUGCUGAAUCACGCCGCUACACGAUACUCCUCCCUUCAGAUCCAAGAAGCUUUAGCGAGGCUGGCAACUUUCUGCAGCCUGCACGGCCCCGAACAUUUCAAGUAAGUCGUCAUAGUCUCCUGUGUUAAUUGUUCAACGCAGAAAAUCAUGAUUCUCAUUUUACCUACUCUGUCAAUCAUAGUGGCAUCGCUUGGAUUGAGUUUCUGAACAGCACCGAUGAUUUAGGGGACAUUCUGACCCACUUAAGAGAAGGAGACAUGAAGGGUGCACAACUCCUGUGGCUCAGAUACGAGGUAGAAAAUCAAUUCAUGCCCUUACAAGAGAAAAGAAACUCCAACUAUGUUCUUUGGGAUGCACUUUAUCCUUGACAACAAUGUGUUUUAUGGUCAUUUUUAAGGUAUUUUUUAUGCUGAGUGCCAUGUUUUGUGACAGGGUCAGAUUGCAGGAGAGUUUGACGGGAAAAAGUUUGAAGCUGUGCUCGGCGCCAUCCCAGAGGACACGCCUUCUCAAGAGCUCUGUCCUUGGUUCAGGACGGUUUUUGUUCCUUUUGUGAGACGAGUGCUUCCAUCAGGACAGGUAGUGAACCUUUUUCUCUGAGAUAAAACACACUGCUGUCUUCUGAUAGAGCUUUAAACAGUCUUUGUCUGUGUGACUUUUAAUAUGCUCUGCAGAAAACCCUGGCACGAUGGCUGGAGCAGAGGGCGAGGAAUCUUGAGUUAACGGAAAAGGUGAAGAAAAUCUAAUAAUCGGUCUACCUGUACAUGCCAACCCCAUACAGAGAAACUAUAGACCUCAAAGCAGGCUGCCUAUGUUCAGUUCUCAUCUUUCUCCAGUUUUCUUCUCCAUUUACUGUCCUUUCUCUUAUUAAAGGCAUAAAAAGCCAAAAAAGAAACUAAAGUAGGAAACGAAAGAGAUGUUUUGUUUGUUUUCACGUUCUUUAUGUUUGACCUUGUACCUAUAAAUUGAAUAAGCUGAAAAUAUCAGUCACAAAAUAGUUAAACUUAUAAAUAAAACAUCUUGUUGAAGGGUGCUUGGCCCCAAAACGGAUUGGACAUGGCUGUGCUUGGUGUGCCGUCUCCGUGGAGCAGCAUAAAAUCUGUAAGUAGACCACAUUUAUGACAGCCUGUACCUCCAUGUGACAUAAAAAAAUAAAUAAUCCCUGGACUGUGUUUCUUUUUGCUUUUAAGGAGGAUAACUUUGAUUGCAAAGAGGUGAACAAUCUCAAAUCUCUGGUGUCCAACCUCCGACUGCUCCUCGACCUCCACCGGAAAUACAACUGCAGGCUCUCACUCUCAGUCUUCGAGAAGGUGCGUCACUUUUACUGAGGCAUUUUAAGUACAGAUAAAUAUCUGAUACUCACAGCAUCAAAAAAAGUGUUUACAUUUAGAUUUUGGAGCUGUAUUACUUGUAGAUGUCAGUGAAGAACUGCAGAGGAUGCAUUAUUACAUGGAAAUUACAGUUAAUGAUCUUCAUUAACUGGUGAUGAAGCCCUGAUGUCCUUUAUAUUGGAAGAUAUUCAAGAUGAAGUUUUUAACCUGUAUGUAUUUUGGAAAUCACAUCUCUGUUGGUGUUUUUCUUCCUUAAAAAAUUGAAGAUGGUUUUAAACUGGGUUUGUUUGUGUUGUGUUUGACAGGGGAGUGUGCGCAGCGUAGCUUUCUUCAUGCUGGACAAAGCACCUGCUCCAGAACUGAUCCCCUCCACAGUGGAGCGCAGCGUCCUGCCGUAUGCUGAAGAGCACGAGAUUCCGAUUGAUGAACUUCUUCUACAGUAUAUCAAGGUGAAACACGAGCACCGCUAAGUCCACUGGGAAAAAAACAUUUAAAUCUUGACAUGCAUGAAGAUAAACUCUCUUUCCUCUUAAUCUGAUCUUUGCUAGGAUCUUUUGGAGCGCUGCAGCUCUCAGACCACGACACUUUUCACAGAAUGGGAAGCCAAGGCAGUGGCGGUGCUGGGCUGUAUGACGGACACAGAUGUAGGUUUCUGUGACACUUGUGUGUUUGUAUGAUCAGCAGUAACAAAAGCCCAGAAGUGAAACCAAUAAAAAGACUGAACUGUUUACAUCAUUGUGUUUUCUACCAGCUGAUGGUAGAUGCUGUUCUGGAGAUCAUGCAGAAAGCUGUUGUGCCCUGGAGUAAUGUGAUUGAAAAGCUGGUUCAGCAGUACCUGGAGAUGGAUGGACCUAAGUAUUAUGAAUUUUUAACUUUAAUAUUUCUUUAUAAACGUGAUGAUAUUAGCAGUUUCUACAUAACCCUCUUCUACCUGAUACAUUAGACAAGAACUUUUGAAGGAAAGCUACCGCCUGAUGGAGAUCAGGAAGCUUCUCAGAGGCUAUGGGAUCCGAAACUUCAACCACUCCAGCACCACUCAAGUUAUGGUGAGUUAAAUUUCAUCAAUCAUGUUACAAAUGAGAGCUGCGGUGCCUCACUUUAAACUCUGUCAUACUGUGUAUCUCCCACAGACACUGAUAAGACACAUUGUGAAGCAGGACCUGCCCAUGUCUUUAGGAGACUCUCUGACCUUAGCCGAAGCGUACAAGCUUCCAACCUCACAAAUACAUUACUUGUAUCUCAUCCAGCUGAUUGGCCUCGGAAAGGUUUGUUCGAUUACGAAAUUUGAAUGUUUUUGUUUGUUUUCAUGGAAACAUGACGUGUUGAAAGGAAACCUUUGGUGCUGCUUUCAGACUGAGGAAUGCAUGAACGUCCUGAGGAAACUGUCCUCUGCAGAAGCAGAGUGUGUGAUCGAGCAUCUCACAUCCUGGGCUCGGCUGCAGCUGGAGGACAAACACCACAUAUCAGAUGAGGUGAGAUGCUGCCUUCUAAGUUGGUUUAGAGGAUUAAAGCUCAGCAUUGUUAAUUUUCAAUUUUAGGGUUACGAUUUGAUUCUUGAUUCUUUUCUUUUUCUUACAGCACAGAGGCCUAUGCCAUCUUUAGACUAGCCUAGUCUACAAUCAUUGGUUUUAUUCAUUACAUUUUGUAAAGUAAAUCUUAUUUCAAAAGUUGGGCUACAUACAAGUGAUGCAAUUUCCAUUAUUCUUGUGUAAUGUAUCACAUUAGGCACUAAUGGUCAAAUUUAAAUAAUUUAUUAAUUAUUAUUUUAAAAAAAUGUAUAGCCCAAUAACAUUUGUAAUAGCCUCAGCAUGAGCUGAGGUCGGUGGAAAUUUUGUUUUUAAUAAGGAUGCAAUGGUAGGCUGGACCAGUGAUGGUGUUUUCUAAGUUGUUAAAUCAACACCUUUAUGAUGCCAGCGAAUGUGUACUGCCAUGUUCAUCGUGUCACCCAUUGUGGGGUAUGCUACACGCACAUAGCAUAGUUGACACACUGUUGUCUUCUUGUAGACAACGCAAACGUUGUUGACAUAACUCACCAGAAACGCAAAAUAUUUCCAUACUUGAGAUUUGUGAGAGGAAGGAGCAGCUUCAAGUUCCGGUGCUGCGUCUCCUUUAUCCGCACUGGCCCUGGUGUCAUAAGUGGCGUCGGCUUGCGUUAGCUACAAUGGGCCACAUGGACAUUACUUAGUGCAACCCUGCUAUAUACAAAAUCAUUCUAAUCAAUUUCCCCUGCCUUGGUGCUGUUGAUCUAAAAACAGCAUCUAGUCAGUAGAGAUUGAUUCUGGCUUCUUGUACUAAUAUAUCUGAACUGUCUUUCGGUCUGUCUGCAACAGCACAAGAAACAGCAGAUGAUCAUAGCUCAGGUGAUGGUGGAGGCUGUGAAGUACCUGCAUAUAACUCAAAAGUGUAAGUACUUUUCUUCUCGUUUCCUUAAAUGUUUGGAGAAAAGGAACUAGACUGUAAAUAACACUAUAAUGAGAGGAAAGAAAGAAAUGAAUGUUCAAGAGUGACAACAGGUUUUAUGUUCUUUACAGGUGAUGCACUUAAAAGCAUGGAGUGUGAAAACAACCUCAGUAUGUUCAAGGCGAUUGCCCACCUACAGGUGAGCUUCACAUGGAGAAGAUGUCGUUUGUUAAUCCAGCUGUUCUUGACACGGAUGAUUUCAAUCCUCCUCUCCUUUGGUCUAUUUUUCCAGGAGGACUUUGAUGUUUUCUUCACUCCCUCUAACUAUGAGGAUCCAAACAUCCAAAAACAGAUUCAGGAGCAUCACAUCACAGCAUACGAAAACACCGUGGGCAGACAGUCAUCUAAAGCAAAGACUACGGCAGCUCCGAUCGUGGCGAAUGAUCCUGACGGCAAAACCAAGAAGAUCUCCACAGAAGCUGGCCUGCGUCGUCUGGGAAGGCAGCUGCAGCAAACCAAACAGGAGCUCUGGUCUCACUUGGCCUUGAGAGCCCUGCGGGUGGGCAAGGUGGACAAGGCCCUAAAGAUCCUAAGGUUAGCCUGUGCUGCUGCAUGAAGAGGCGUGGAAACUGAUGGGGUUUGCUCUCUUAUUACAGAUUGUUUAUGUGAAAGUGUUCUCUUUGUUUUCUCUCCUCUCUAACCCUCAGUGAGCUGUAUGAAGAUCACUACAACACCAGCACUGGGAAGGUUUUGUUCACAGCAGCAAAGACAUUAUGUCAGAUGCUGGAGGCUGAUGAUCCCAUGGUGAUUCCUGAGGACAAGGACCUGCCGGCAGUUAUUCACGAUCUCGCCUGCCAGGCCAUCACUGUCUGCCACUCAGGUAGGGAACACGUGUAUAUUUUAGUAAAAGUUAGCAACGUUUUAUCUGCGUUGGAUCCCUGUGACCCGGGGAUUUCACUGCAUGCAGAUCCGCUCUGGACCGGCAGGCGGAUCAAAUACGCAAGCAUACAGCACCCACUGGAUCCGAUCAGCUGCAGCAAGCGUAGGAGAAGCGCUUGCAGUAUAACUGAUAUUUCUCGUGAGACUGGAUGAGAUCUCGCGUGUUUCAUGAUGAGACAUUGAAUGAGAUCAGCAUUUUAUAUAAACACCCAGAUCCCACAGCCCUGGCCCCUCCCAUUACCUUGUGAAGAACAGUUCUUCUUUAUUCUAACUUUAUUUUAUUUUGAAAAUCAACCAGAUAUUUUACUCUGUAGCCGCAUACAACUUCCGCUGCUGCUCGUGCUGUGCUGCAGCGUCAGGAAAAAAUAGAAGCCCUGCAAAUUUGAUCUGAAUCCUGGUCUUUAAGAGUUAAAGGGCACUGAUGCUCUGACGUUGACAUCCUACAUAUGUUUCUUCAUAUGAAAAGUCUUGAGUUCGAGUGGCUGCUGUCUGUCGGUAAAGUCAAUAUUUCUACACAUCAUCACAGAUCUGCUGCUGGACUGUCUGGAGCUCUGCAAAUGCACACGGAUAGCGAUGGAUGUGUAUCAUCAGUGUCAGUUAUCAGACAACUACGGCUUUAUAGCCAAGGUCAGUAAUAUUAUCUCUGGGAAUCUAUAAGGUGAAAUGAAUUUCUGCUUGUCUUUUAAAACUUGUGAAAUAAUCCAAAUGAACCAAGUUUUCUUGAUGCUGUUAUGUCUUAGGAUUUGGCCGUGGAGGCAGAAAAAGAUCCGUACUCUCAGUGGAGUUUUCAGGAUCUCUUUAAUGAAGACUGCAUAGUUCUGGACCCAGUGUCUGUGCUGCCUGUCCAGUACGAAAUCACUAACUGCCUGCUGCCCAUCUCUCAUGGUAGGAAACACAAAUUCAUUCUGGUGUCUCAUUUGUGAUUUUAUCUCCUUAGCAGGUCUGUAAGUAAACACUUGUCUGUGUCUCAUAUUGCAGAUACCAAACUGUACCCUCUGGACUGUUCCUGUCUCUCUCACUGCUCGUUUGAAGACGGUUCGUGUCGUAUACGUGAAAGGCUUUUUAAAAAAUGUGGAGGUUGUUUUUGGAAAAAUUGACCCUCUGUCUGCUCCGCCCACAUUCAGGCUCAAACUAUCUUCGGCCCCUCCUGGAUCCCCUGGCCAACAUGUUGCAGAUGUUGCAGGAGUGCAGUCAGCUGGAGCUGGCCUUCAGAGUGCUGGUCAACUCGUACGGCAGCUGCCUGCAACACGUCACCUCUAAUGUUAUGGACAUGGCGCUCAGUGUGCAGGUACAGAGGGCUCUCAGCGACACUGCCAUCAUUUACAGUUUAGGUUUAGAUGUUUAAAAGUGAAGAUGUGGUGUCAAAACUUCACCUCUAACUCUUCUUCCAGCUUUACGAUAACCAAGAGCUUAAGAAGUACAAUUUAUGUUUGAACAAUCUUCGAAAGACAACCACUUCAUCCCUGCAUGCUGUCGCCGUGGCUCUCUUAAACAAGGUGAGUGUGCUGUUGAUUCUGACGUGAAUAAUGAGAAUCUGUACUUAUGGAUCUUUCUAAAUAACAAUGUCUUUUUACUCUGCGCUGCAGGUGUUUAACUGGAGGGUGGUGGAUUGUGAUUUGGCGAUUGGACUCUGUACGCUCCUCUCCAAAGCAGAAGUUUUUAAGAUACUGUGGAAGGUUAUUGACAACACCUGGCAAAACUACGACAAAAUCUUGGUAGGCAUUGGGAUCAUUAUCAUCUUGUUUCAUAUUCAUGUCAAAUAUUCUUCAUUUAUUUUAUUAUUGAACUAGUUUUUAAUGGUUUUAACUGCAACGUAACAACUCCAAAACUAGCUAUGAAAACAAAUCAAAUUUAGGGCUGCACAAUACUGUUAAAACAAAAAAAUAGGAUUAUGAUUGGUUUUCUCUUUGCAAAAACAAUGCAAAAAACAAACAAACAAUGCAGAAAAAUCGACCACGUAAAUAUGAGGUUUUAAUGCACAUAUUAAAAAUGACCAAGAGUAUUUCUACUAAAGAGGAUCAGGGCCACAAGAAGAGAAAAAAAUAAUUAUAGGAGGGAGAUUUUUUUUAAUUUUCAUUUCGAGAUUAAAGUCGAAAUAUCGACUUGAUUCAUGUCUACUUUAAUCUUGAAAUUUUUAUUUUUUUAAUCUCGAAAUUUUGACAUUCAUGACAUUCGACAUUUUGUAAUCUGAAACUUUCAAUUUUUUAAUUUUUAAUUUUUCAAGUAUUUUUGGGGCGUUUUUUUUUUUUUUUUUUUUUUUACCUUUUGUUGAUAGGAUAGAUUGGAAAUAUUGGGAGAUAAAGAGAGACGGGGGAGAACAUGCAGCACAUGGUUGGGGCUGGACUCGAACCCACGAAUGUGUGGUCCCCAUACGUGGGGCACACUAGCCCACUCAGCUAUCUGUGUGCCUCUAAUUUCAAUUUUUAAUGUUAAAACUUUGACUUUAUCGACAUAAUUUCGAUUUUUGAAUCUUAAAAUUUCAACUUUAAUCUCCUUCCUGUAAUUAUUUUUUUCCUCUUCCUGAGGCCCUGAUCCUCUUUCGUAGUAUUUCAGUUCAUGCUACAUUCAGCAGAAUUCCUCAGUGACUUUUCUUCUUUGUUUCAGGCCGUGGCCAGGAUAGGAGCCAAGCUCUGCUGCCUGUACAAUGAGGCAGAGGAAGAGGAGAAAUUCCUCUCUGUCAUCACUGAUGCUGAGUGGGGCAUAAAACUCAGCAAACUGGAGGUAUGUGGAUGGAAAUCUCAGAGUAUUAAUGCUCCCAUCUGUCUUACAGUUUUCUAAAGAGUCUACCCCAUAAAAGAUUAAACUCAUGCUUAAAAUACACAACAGUUUUUGUUAAAUUAAAUUCUAGAGACCAAAUUCACAUUUUUUUGUUCUUUUAAAUUACUUUGGAGCAAAUAUAUUGAGACCGUAAGUGAACUCAGAUGAAGAGGGUGAGUUAAAAACACAUUGAAGAGUUUGUUGUGGAUGUUAUCUGUAACUUCAGGAUAGUAGUAUUAGGAAAAUUUUCUGUGAUGUUUCCAGAUUCUGAUUCUUCGAACCACUUUCUCAGACUCUCAGACUGUAUAAGAGGAAGAAACUUCCUCUGACAGAUGAUCCUUUACACCAUGUCUGCUCUGCUCUAGAUAUCCAUCCAGCCAGUUUUCCGUCAGCAGCCUGAGAUGAAGAGAAGCCUGAUCCCAGAUAUGGUGAAAAACAGGAAGAUUACGCCGGACAUCAUCCUGCAGUACUGCAGGUUCGAUACUGGCCUAACACUAUAACCAAAAUCUUUGACUGACUCUUUAGUGUGAACUGUAAACAAAUCCUUCCUGAAAUGUUGAUUCCAUCCGCAGCACUUUUGGUCUGGACCGUGAUGAUGUGAUCAACGAGUACAUCACCACCUUACUACUGCUCCAAGAGGAUGAGGAGGGCGGUGGUGACUUGGGUACAAUCCAGGAGGAGGUACAGCCUCUGUGUCAUGCAGAUGCACUUGAGCAGGUCCUGCAGAUCAUCCCCAUGUUGCACAGCACCAGUGAGCUUACAGAUAAUCUCUGUGCAGCUGUAUUCAAGGUUUGUGCCUGAGAAACAAAAUAUGAUGCAAAAAUCUUCCUCAGUAACAUAAUUUCUGACAAGAUAAUAUCAGUUUGGCCCAAAGGCUGAUGAAAGAGAGUUAAAAUAACUAACUGUGGUUUCCAUCAAACAGCUCAGCCCUUACAACUAUGAGAGAAUCGAAGUGGUGCUGAAGAUCAUACAGGCUGCAGAUGAGAAUGUGACAAGCUUCUCUGUUAGUCAGGUAAUCAAAGGAAAAUGGUGAAACUAACGACUCUUUGACUUGUUCGUAUACAAAGCGAUAAAUCACCCCACUUAUUUCUUAUCAUCAGGCGAUGGGUCUUCUUCAGCACCUGAGGUCCUACAAACGAGUUUCACCUCCGACCAACGUGGAGAACACGUAUCUUCUGGAAAACAGUCAGCUGCCAAACCCCCUGUCCUCCAGCAGGCUGCCCUUCCACCUGCUGAUGGAGAGCAAACACUACUGGAAGAUCAUCUGUAAGAGAGCCAAUUUGAUUUUUCACACGUUGACUGACAAACUCUAACUCUCUUAGGUUUGUGUGAGUCUCAACACGUUAAACUCUGUCUGCAGUCGUAGGAUGUUUGUUUUUGAACCUCAAGUGUUACUGUGGAUAGUUUAAGUUAGUAAAGGACAUUUUUAACGCUUAAGAAACUAAAACAAUUUUUUUUUUUCCGAGCAGCUCCUGAACUUAGUGAGGAGACCUUCCCUACAAUUCUUCUGAUUAGCAAACUAAUGAAGGUAAAACACAGAAAUCGAACCCUUUACUCAUCGACAUACUGUUUAAAAGAAGGUUAUUCAGAUGCUCCUCUCUUUCCAGGUGAGCCUGGACAGACUUUACAUGUCAGCUGCCAACCACGUGUUUGAGAAAAAGAUGAAGCCUUUGAUUUUAGAGCAGAGGAAAAAGGGUCAGACUCACGGCUACAAUAAGGAGACUUUCAAGGUGGCCAAGACCAUGAUUGAGUACAUCCUUUGCAUCCAGAGCCCAGAGUGGGCUGCUGUCACCGCUCACAAGAUCACCCAGGAGCUGCCAGCAGGUCGGACCCACUGAUGUGACACACUGCCUCUGAACUGCAGCUCUGUGUGUAUCGUUCUCUGAGUGUUUCCUUUUUUAUUUCAGGCCAAGAAAAGACUCAUUCGCUGAAGUUCUGUUUGGCUCUAGGAGAUGCCUGGCUCAAAGAUCCAAACCUCGAUGUUAGUAUUUGGGAUUUUAACCUGCAGAAAUAAAACAAACUCUUAAAUCUGGACCUGGCUAACUUUUCUUAAACCCUUUGGUUGUAAUCCUGAUCAGGAAGCAGCGAGAGCCAAAGGAGAGACAUUCCUGUCGAAGCUGAAGCUGCAGUUCCAGCGCUCGGCCACUGAGAACACUCUGAUAAGCAGCCAACUAAACAGCCCGGAGCUUCUGAAGCUGACCGGGCUGCCGGCCCGACUCAUCGUGGCCCUGUAUGAGCACAGCAGUGUGGAGCAGCGGUACAGAGAUGCAGGGGGUCAAACUUAUCCUGGUGAGCACACCGUGUCAUAGCAGUCUAGUCAGGCUGGGCGAUAUGGCCUCAAAUAAGUAUCACAAUAUAUUGAUAGUUCACCUCGAUAACGAUAAAUGGACAAUAACUACUCCACAAGCUGCUCACCCCCUACCAAGUUAACUUCGUCUACUUCAGCCGCCGCUACAACUUUUGAACCGUCCUCCAUCUCCUCACCUGUCUUUCCCUCUUUGUUAUGGACUGGAUGUGGUGGAGUCAGGUCUCUGAUGUAGGACAGUGUCUCUAAGGGACAUGAGACCAUAGCCUACCUAAUAUCUACCGAAUGUCAGAUUUUUUAACGCAUUGUACCACAUAAAAUCGGUCAGUAAGCAAAACAAGUAAUCAUACAUAAAUUGUGCUGGAUUAUAAGGCGCACUGAUUUAUAGUGCGUCUUACAGUCCAAAACAUAAGGGUUUUUUUUUGUUUGUUUUUUUAAAACCAAAUAUACUGAUAUUGGCAAAACGACGUUGGUUAUUGUUGUAAAUUUCGGUAUCUGUAAAUUUUCGGUUUAUCGCCGAGCCCUACUUUAAAUCCAUCUUCCCGUCAGACUGAAAUGCUUUUGCCGUCAUCCUUUUACAGUGUAUGUUAAAACUGUAUUUAACUGAGUCAGUCGUCCUCUCUGCAGAUAUUCAUGCAGUGGUGAAGGAAAUAGCCUCCAUCAACAGCGUGGAUCUCCUGAAAAUGCGACACAUGAUUUUAGAGAAAUGGAUCUGUAAAACCGGACCUGCUGUGACAAAGGUGGGUCAAUCAGAACCAAAAUAUUAUAAAUGUUCUAUGUAUAUUUGUCAUCGAUCAGCUGUUCAUCUGGACCCCAGGAAGAAUAGUUGGUACUGCAGUAGUAACUUAUGAUCAUUUUUCGUUCAUCAGGAUAUUUCUACAUAUGAGUGUGUCAGCAACAUUGAGGAGGACCCGGACUUAAUGAGGUUGAGACGUCACUGUUUUCAUUUCAGCAUUUUUGCAGUAAUUGAAUAAUGAAGAGAUGUUGAUUAUGUGUUUUUCACUUCAGUAACUCCUGUUGAUGAAAUUUAAAUAUACAUUUUUUUCACAAAGGUAGAGUACUGUUUAGCAGCACGUAUGUUUUGAAAAAGCUCUAAUGUGACCUUGGUGCUCUCAGGGUGGUGUACAUGCUGCAGUCCUGCACCGUGGAUGAUGCUGUCCGGCUUCUAAGCCCUAUCUUAUCUGCAGAAACCUGGGUGAGUAACAAGUCCAGUGACUCGGUAUAUUCAAAGUCUUUCAUCAGUUUAAGAUUAGACUAUUGUAAUGCAUCUCCCAAUCAUCUCUUAGUCGCCUUUAACUUGUGCAAAAUGCUGCUGCCCGUCUCUUAACCAACACUAACAGACGUGAGCACAUCACUCCUGUCCUCAGCUCCCUUCAUUGGCUUUCCGUCUCUUACAGGAUUGAUUUUAAACUGUUAAUGUUUGUUUUUAAAGCUCUUAACGGCCUUGCCCCCAUCUAUUUAAGUGAGCUUUCGACCGUUUGGGAGCCUGGUAGAGCUCUGAGGUCGUUAAACCAACUUCUGCUGGGUUGUUGUAAAGGGUUGUAUAAUAAAGAACAUUUACAUUUACAUCUCUCUGUAGCCCCUCAGCUCAGGGCCUCGUCUGACCUUCUGCCAUCGAACUCGAGCCCUGCUUUGUCUCGUCCGUCUCGCGGAUGCAGCCACUCUGGAAGCGAAGCUGCAGAUCCCCAGGACCAAAAUUCAGUGAGUGGAUGUGUUUUCGGUUUAGUAGCGAAUCAAAAAGUACAUUUAAAGAGUUGUGUGGGGUGUAUUAAUUCUUUAAAUUCAUAUUCUUUUGCAGAUAUUACCUGAAGUGCUACAUCUUUUUAUCCCAGCUGGAGGCUUUGAACAUCCCUUACUCUGUGCAGUCUUUCCUCAACAGUCCUAAAGAGGGCUUGGUUAAAGGACUGUGGAAGAACCACAGCCAUGAGCCGCAGGUAUGUUCUUUCUUAAUCUGAGCUUCACUAUCCCAUAAAUAUUACAAUCAUGCAGGAAGAGUGGAGCACCUGCUUUCUUUUCAGGCUGUGCGACUGGUGGCAGAUCUGUGUUUGGAGUAUCAGGUGUACGACGCUCAGCUGUGGAACAGUCUGCUGCAGAAGCUGCUGGGAUUCAACUUGGUGAGGGGCGAAAAACUUUCAGCUAGGAGAAUAAUUUUAUUUAAAUUAAAGAAAAUAUGUGAGAUAAACAUUUUAUAACCAUACGUGACUUCCUUUUCUCAGAUCAGCCACCUUCAGAGGGUGCUAGAGGCUAUAGUGGCAGUUCCAGCUUUGUGGGAGGUAACGUCAGUCAUGUUCAUGUUUUUUCCUCCUCAUUCAUUCUCUCCUGUAUGAACUGCAGACAGUUAAUGUACACCACUCUUUCAAGAGUAGAAUGUAAAUCUUCAGAGCAGAGGGAUUUGUUUUACGAGUAAAUUUGAGGCCAAAAUCAAAGUAGGUAUUUCAUUUUGCAUAUUAUUGUAUUUAUUUAUAACCAUCCAGUCAGAGCAGGUGUGGAGCUACAAGUAAAAUGUCUCUAACUGUUAAAUUCAAUUUAAAAUACUUCAGAGUUGCAGAGUUACUUUUGUGAUGUCUUUAUCUUUUCUUCAGAUUUCGAGCUUCUCUCGGACGUGGAGGAGUACGAUCUUAGCACCUUUUGUCUCAGGUGAUGGAUGAAUGUGUUUGGAGGCUGAGUGAUCUUGUUAUUAUUAUUAUUAUGAGAAAUGUGAUGUUCGGAAGUCAUCUGUUUUUCAGCUUUUAUUAGGGCUGGGUGAUAUGGCCUCAAGUCAAUAUCACGAUAUAUUGAGCCAUUCACCUUGAUCAUGAUAAAUGGAUACUUGAUAACGAUACUCCACAAGCUGCUCACCCUCUUCCACAUUAACUUGGUCUACUUUAGCUGCUACAACUUCUGAACCGUCCUCCAUCUCCUCACCUGUCUUUCCCUCUUUGUUACGGACUGAUGUAGGACAGCGUCUUAAAGGGACAUGAGACCAUAGCCUCCCCACACACACCCAAAACCAACCUUUAUUUUUUUGACACCGAAUAUACAGAUAUGGACAAAAUAACCUCGGUUAUUGUCGUAAAUUUCGUUAUCUGUAAAUUUCCGGUUUAUUGCCCAGCCCUAUAUUUUAUUCAUAUGCAUUGAUGCAAAGAAGGGACAUAUGACAGAAAUUUUGUAGGUUUUAAUCUUUAAUCAUCUCUCUGAUUUGUGACAUGUUUUGCAGAGCCUCUGAUACGCUCCUGAAUCUUUUUUUCUGUCUGUUUUCUCAUCAACAGCCUCCGUUCCUCUGAGUCCUGAUCAACAGACGACACUGUACAGAACCUUUGUCCUCCUUCUCAAGUGAGCUUUCAGUCUGUUAUUCCACUUCAGUCUAUUCCAAACAUCCAGGUUUGAUUUACUGAUUCAUGCUGUGCCGUCAUCUCUCCUCUAAAGGUGCCCUUUCCUGCUGAAUCUGGACCUGAUUGGAAUUGCAAAUCGCUUCGCACAGUUCAAUCUGCCGGCCUUUGCUCUGGGAACUCUGCUUCUCAUCCCCUGUGCCAGUAAAAAGGCUCAGCAGAUCAAGGUGAGUCGUGAGAGGAAAGUUGGACUCUGAUCACAGAAGCAUGAUGACAGUAUUGUGACUGUCUCUCUCUCUCUUUGUUGUUUUACAGGGUUUUCUAUCAACAUGUAACCCCGUCACUGUCCUUGAGCAGGUGGAGGAUCUUAUGAGCACAGGAGAACUGGCAGGAAUCCCCUCACAGGUCAGAUACAAUUCAGCUUAAAUUACACUUUAGUCUUUAUCCUCAGUCAAUGUUUGAGUUUCACACUGAAACUGAAACUCGAACAUGAAAGAAGAAAUCUUUUUUUCAGAAUAGUGUUUUUAAUAAGAUUUAUUUGCAAUCAAGCAAGUAAAAAAGAAAACAUGUAGUACACUUAUGAUGCUGCCUCAGAUCCUGUGAUUGAAUACGUCACUUUUCUGAUAGUUUAUGUGCUACUGUGGUAAUGGUUAACCUGACAAACAGGAAGAAAUAUUUCUGAAGGUGUGAAGAUUCUCACAGCGAUUCUGCAGUUUAAAAAUGUGUGGGACUUUUUUUAAUAUCGCUGCUUUUAUCGACACAAAAGUUAUUAGAGAGGAUUCCAGCCACAUGAAAACAUGCAACUGUCACUAUUUAUUUUUCAUCAUUUAAUGUUUGAUUAAACAAAAAAAAAGAAAUGCCAUUGUUGAAAUGUUUCCUCAGAUCAGGGAAACUGUGAUAACUUUUAUCAGCCAAAGUGGACAGCACCACAAACUGUUGAAGACCAAACACUUGGAGCAUCUGAAGCAGCUCGUUGUGUCGAAGGGCAAACCCAACCAAGUGAAGGACAUGGUGGACUUCCUGAUCAGCCAGAACUGGUAAGUUCUCUGAGUCGAGUGGGUCUGUCAGCACAACAACACUGUCUGUAAACAUUAAAACAAUGAAAGCUGUUCAGAGUUAGCUGCUUAGUUUAUUAAAGUUUUAAACUAAAUCAAAGCAAACACUAGGGCUUAGGUUCUCAGUGUUCUUCAUCUUUCUUUUAAAGCUGACAUUGUUUAGCUCUUUGAAGGGAUAUUCAGGUGUAAAAUUAAUUUAGGGUCAAACACAUCAUAACACUGAGUCAGACACCUCCUCCAGAGAUGAAUGUUGCCGACCGCUUGCUUCUCUAGUUAUACCAACUUUAGUAACGACCGCACGAUAGCAAAACACAGCUGUCUGAGGAGCCAUAAACAAACCUCAACCAAAACACUACUCUAUAGCCACAAAUAAUGCUCAGAACAGCAUGUGGUCGUUACUAAAGUUGGUAUAACUAGAGAAGCAAGCGGUCGGCAACAUUCAUCUCUGGAGGAGGUGUCUGACUCAGUGUUACGGUGUGUUUGACCCUAAAUUAAUUUUAUGCCGGAAUAUCCCUUUAAAUCUGGAUCUCUCAGUUUAAAAUCUUUUAAACUCUUCUUCAGCCAGGAUGAUGCGGACUCACUCGCCCGUGAGUUCAUGAAACAACGGGGAAAGCUGCAGACAAAUGGCUCUCCAUCGCUGAGCUGCUUGAAGGUAAUGAGAGCGAAGGUCAAAGGUCAUUCAUCCGGUGAAUUCUAAAACACAGUUGAGCUUAAACAGAUACUGAAAUGAGGGAUGCAUGAUUAGAGUCCAUGUAGAUUCUCAUUCAUAAGAAGAAAAUCACAAACAUGUCUAUUAUUUAUCUAUUUUAUACUAUCUCAUUCAUGAUUAGAGGGUUAGUUUUGCAAAUUUAACCUUAUUUCUUAGCUGAUGUAGCUGUACAUGACCAGGCGGUGCUUUCUGACCGACAAAGUGUAAUCAUUUUGUCUUUGAACAGUAAGCUGGACCACAAAGGGUUAAAAGCUUGAAAAAUUACUAGACGGAAACUUUUAGUCUUGUUUGGUUUUCUCUAGUAGGUCAAAAAAAACUUAUUUGAUUUGAUCAUAAGAAAGUGUUUUUAAUACAGCUGGGGUGAUAAUAUGAUGAGUUAGCUGUGGGUUUAAUGGUUUUGAAAUAUUACCUACAUUUUCUGCAUUCAUGAAGUUUUUUACACUGACCAAAGUCCAAAAAGAGUCAUGAUUCCACUCUCUUUUUUCUCCAGGAGUUUCUCAACAUGGAAAAUGGAGUUUCAGGAUGAACUGACACUUCCUCUCCUUCUUCUUCUUCCUCUGUUGCUCCGUUUAUGAAUAAGCGAGUGUUUCGGGCUCAGAUGCAACAUUUUCACUUCACCAUUUAUCUUUCUGCUCCUCUUAUCAUAUGUGGUUGAAUGUUUUCAUCACUGGUUUUGUAAGAAGAAAAACACAAACAUGUCUAUUAUUUAUCUAUUUUAUACUAUCACACUCUGGUUUGUAUAUUUUACCUGCCGACUCAGACACAGUAGGAGAGCAGUUACUUCACAUGUCAGUCAUGUACAGUUACUCUGGUGUCAGCAGUCAGUUCAGAAGAAGUGUCUUCAUGUUAACUGUUCGUCUAAUUCUUCGUAUUCCCGUCAAUAAAUCGAUGCUUGUAAA